CCCCAUGUCUUUCCCCAACUCUGAAGAUAUAUCCCAAGAGCCUGAGCCCGAGUCCUCAAGUUCCAAGAAGAAAAAGAAGAAAAGAAAGUGGCCACAGCAAGAGGCCAACAUCCAAGCCCUCACCAGAGCUGGCCAUGGGGCCCUACUGGCCGGCAGGAACCAUGAAGCUGUGACCAGCUUCCAGAAGGCUUUCCUCCUGGCCACCGAGGCCCCACAAACCAGGGACACCCCCGUUCUCCGGGCCUGUGCCUUCAACCUGGGAGCUGCCUACGUGGAGACUGGGGACCCAGCCAGAGGCCUUGAGCUGCUCCUGCGAGCCCAACCUGAAGAAAAGGCACAGGGCAGGAGUCAUGGUGACCAGUGUUUCAAUGUGGCUUUGGCCUACCAAGCCCUGGGGGACCUGCCUCAAGCUUUGGCCUGGUACCACAGGGCUCUGGGCCACUACCAGCCACUAGGUGACCAGGGGCAGGCCCAGGCAAAAAUGGGAGCCUGCUACCAGGCUCUGGGACAGCCUGAGCUAGCUGCCCAUUGUUUGAAGGAAGCGAGCCAGGCCUAUGCCCAAGCAGGGCAGCCCCGAGCUGCAGCCCUGGCCCUGGGGGCUGUGGCAGGGUGUAUGCUAAAGAGCGGGCAGCAUGAGGUACACAAAGUGGUGCAGGUGCUGGAGGAGAGUUGGAGGCUUGCCGAGAGGAGCACUGAGCAGGGACUGCUAGGGCAACUCUAUAAUGACCUAGGCCUGGGCUACUCCCAGCUCCAGCUGUUCCCGCUAGCAGCAGAGGCCUUCCUGCAGGCCUUGCCCCUGUGCCAGGGACCAGGAGAAGAGGCCACCGUGCUAAGCAACCUUGGGAUGGCUCACAACGCCCUCGGCAACUAUCAGGAGGCCCGUGAGCUUCACCAGAAAGCUGCUGAUCUGCAUGGCGCUGUGGGGCAGCGGUGGGAGCAGGGUCGGAGCUUUGGCAGCCUGGCAUUUGCACUGAGUCAGCUCGGGGACCACAAAACUGCCAGAGACAACUUUCUGCACGCUCUGCAGGCUGCCCAGGAUGCUGGGGACACGAAGGGGCAGUGGCAGGCCUGUGAGGGACUGGGAGCUGCGGCAGCCAGUCUGGGACAGCACCAUCAGGCCUUGCAGUACUAUAAGGAAGCACUGGCCCGGUGCCAGAAGGAGCCAGAUCCUGUGCGAGAGCGGCUGGUGGCCAAGCUAGUGGAUGCCAUACGGAUCCACUUAGCCCAGGGUGGGCUGGUCCCAACACACACCCUGGCCUCAACUCCAGGGAGGCCCAGGCUCCAGGUGGGGCCUGCCCAACAGAUACCCCAGCUGGGGCGGGACAGGGCGCAACAGAGGUGUGGCACAGGUGAGGGGCAGGGGUAA